CGGAAGAGCCCGAGCUGCUCUCGCGAUAUUUGAGUACAGACGUGGGGUUUUGGAAAUCAAGGGUUGUGGCUGAGGGGUGAUAUAACAGGAAUCCCUUAAUAUGAGUGAUGAUAAACCUUUCCAAUGUACUGCUCCUGGCUGUGGACAGAGAUUUACAAAUGAGGAUCACUUGGCUGUCCACAAACACAAACAUGAGAUGACCCUGAAGUUUGGCCCAGCGAGGAAUGACAGUGUCAUCAUUGCUGACCAAACACCGACACCUACCCGCUUUUUGAAGAACUGCGAAGAAGUUGGACUCUUCAAUGAACUUGCAAGCCCGUUUGACCAUGACUUCAAAAAAGCAACUGAAGAUGACAUUAAAAAGUUACCAUUGGAUUUGUCACCUCUUGCAACGCCCAUCAUGCGCAACAAAACAGAGGAACCCACAGCUAUGGAGGAACAUCGAGACAGCCCUCUGCCUCACCCCGAAUCUACUACGAAUGAUGACGUGAAGGAUAUAUCUUUGCAGCCAGCUUCACUGCCAACAUCCACUAUAGUCCAUCCAGCAUCCCUCCAAGUUCCCAAUGUACUUCUAGCAACCUCAGAGGCUAAUGUUGUAAUACAGCAAGAUCUCCCAUCACCAACAUCUAGCUCUGUUAUUACCCAAGUCCCAUCCACUAAUAGGCCUAUAGUCCCGGUGUCUGCCACCUUCCCUGUGCUCUUACAGCUGGCUAACGGCCAGACCAUGCCGGUUGCUAUACCUGCGUCUAUUACAAGCUCAAGUAUACAUAUUCCAACUACAAUCCCUCUUGUCAGACCUGUCACCAUAGCGCCUAACGUCCCCGGGAUCCCAGGACCUCCCUCGCCACAGCCACAGCCCGCCCAAUCAGAAGCAAAGCUGAAACUGAACGCCACGUUAAGCCUGCAGCUUCCUCAGGUGACCAAUGGAAACUGUGGUGAAGUCCAGAGCAACGGCGUAACACACACUGCUGGUCCCCCUUCUCCUGCGCCGGCACCUCCAACCGCAGCCCCGAUCGCGGUCCUAACUCCUGCUCCGGCUCCUCACCUGCACACGACUGAGGAGCCUACUCCCCUCUCCCUGCAGCAGCCAGCCACCUCCACCACAGAGACACCUGCUUCCCCAGCGCCCCCUGCGCAAAACCCCCCGAGCACAGGGGGUCGCCGGCGCAGAAACACAAGUGAAAACCCGGAUGAGAAGCGACGCAAGUUCCUGGAGCGUAACAGGGCCGCGGCCUCUCGCUGCAGGCAGAAGAGGAAAGUGUGGGUGCAGUCUCUGGAGAAGAAGUCUGACGACCUCAACUCCGUGAACGGAACACUACAGAAUGAAGUCACCCUGCUGAGAAACGAAGUGGCUCAGCUGAAGCAGCUUCUUCUGGCUCAUAAAGAUUGCCCUGUAACCGCCAUGCAGAAGAAAUCUGGCUAUCACAUCUCUGACAAAGACGAGAGCUGCGAGGACAUGUCCAUCCCCAGCAGCCCCCAGAACGAGGCCAUCCAGCACAGCUCCGUCAGCACCUCCAACGGGGUCAGCUCCUCCUCCGCGACCCCGGCCGUCUCCGCCCCGUCCAGCGCCGCCACCACCUCAUCGAGCCAGAGCACAGAGGAGACCUAGUCUCAGCCUUCAGGGAGUUGAUCAUCCCAAACUUUGCCCGAGCGUCAAACCUGGAGCGCUGUUGCCUCUUUCAUCUCUGACAAACAGAGGAAAGGGAUUCUCUCUCAGCUUCAGUUUGGACCGUGUUGUUGUUUUUUUGUUUUAUUUAGUCUUCAUCAGGUCUUUUGAAGUUUGAUUAUUGUCCUCCUUUCGCAAUGCUUUUUGAAAAUGCAAAUGUUUUCUCUGGAAGACAAAAGAACAAGGCACUUUAGGUGUUAGGUGUAAAACCUAUGAUUCUUAAAUGCUUUUGUAUUUGUGUGAUUUAUUUAUUAAUCUUGUUUGUUUAUUUUAAAAGCGAUCAGCGAAUUGUUAGAGACCUUACCAAAGUGUGUUGUGGGUCAUUUGUAGUUCCCUUGUUUGUUUUUCAUGAAUUUUAUAAGCACUAUCUUUAUGAUGAAGUUACAUAAAGAGCGGUCACUUUUUAUCAUAAAUUGCUUUUCCAAUUUUGCACAUUUUGAGAGAUGACGGGUUUACCUUUUUAGAGUUUGACAGCCCACAUGUUAAGUACAGGCAGCUUUUUACACCUCGAUUUGAAUACUGUCACAUUACACAAAUGUAAAUGGCUGAAUCAGAUUUUAAAUUUGACAACUUUUCUGUGAUUGAGAUGUAGUCACAUUGUGCAGUUGGAAUGUUUGCGCUCACCUCUGCUUGUAAAAAUAGUGUUGAGGAGGUGAGCCGGUUAGAAAUGUGCUAUUUCAUUAACAUUCCACGUGUAGUCUGAUUGUUCCUGAAGCAGUGAUUGUAGGAUUGCAGUACCUUUUCCAUUACUCAAUCUGUGUGACGUUGACUUCAUUCAGUGCCAUUAAUGUUUUUGUAUAAAUGACUUCCGUACAUUUUUAACGCAGAUUAUCUUGAGUUGAUAGCUGUUCUCUCAGAUUAAGGGUCUCAUGAACAUAGUUUCUCAGUAAGGAAAUAUCUUGCUUUGUAUACCGUCUUUGCUUUAUAAGUGACUGUUUAUGGCUUUAAUGCAGAACACGUAAGGACAUUAUGUUGUUUUCAUUAUUGCAAUUAUCAAUGACAUUUUUAGAAAACAUUGUAAAUAACGCAUUGAAUGUGAUCUUUCUAGGUGUUACGUACUUUGUUUUUAUAUAGAAGAGUCGGGCUUCAGUAGCUGAGCCCUGUUGAUCACAUGAACUCUGUUAGCAGUAGAUCUUAACAAUGUUUCAAACAUUAUAGGCCUCUUCCUGACUCGACUUGUCAUGUGAAAUGAAAGCGUUCAGAUGGAAUCACAUAAUGUAUAAUAGAGUAACAAUACUACCGCCUGUAAGACUUGUGAGCAUUUCAUCAUUGAAAUAAUAGUAGGAAGAAAAUCACAGUCAAUUUGCCUUUUCUCUUAGUCUGUACUAGCUUACUACUGUGUAGUUUUACGAGAAGCUGACACAUUGUUUCCUUAAAGUACGAUUCUUUAUUUUAUUUUACUGUUAUGUGCUAUUUGCAUGAGAUAAUAAUUCUCCGCGAGAAUUUAACUGUUUAUUCGGUAAUGUCUCAGUCAGAUAAAAAUAAGUUUAAACAAGUUGUUUCAACUUGAUUUGUGGCUCUAAGUUUAUGAAAGCUUUGGUUUGUUUUACCUUUGGUUAACUGCUAAAGUGUAAUAUUGUGUUGAAAGUGUACUUGUAACUUGUGAAAGUUCUGUAAAGGAACAUUUGAAUUGAUAAGUUGUUGUAAUAAACCUUUUAAUAACUCUUUAA